CAGGUUGAGAGAGAUAUUUAUCGCUUCAGGCUGCAGGUCCUUGCAAGACACGCUCCCUUCUUCGAUGACUUCAGGAACCUUCCUCCACCUCCGAAUCCUUUAGAAGGCUGUGUCGAUCGGUGUCCCAUUAUUCUGGACGGCACGAAGAGCGAGCAUUUUUGUAAUGUUCUUGUUUUAGUUUAUGGGCUACCUAAAAUACCGCCACAGACAGAGUCUCAGUGGAGAGGCGUUCUAGAUCUUGCCGGGCGAUGGGACAUGGAGGAUAUCAAGGACAAAGCGCUGUGUGCUCUCAAGAAGAUGAAAUUCGAGGACCCUAUCGAGCAGAUCUUGAUAUGCGACCGCUUUGGGCUGCCCAAAACAUGGGCGAUCAAUGCUUUCAACCAGCUCUGCCCGCCUUCCAUGACAGGCGGCCCAGUCACACAAACCCUCUUUCGGAAGUACCAAUUGAGUAUGCGGGAUGCGGAGCGGCUUGGAUUGGGGAAUGUCAUGUUGGUGUAUCGACUCCGAGAGAGGCUCCGAUUGAAGCGGACGAUAGUCAGUGGGUUUGGAGGGAUCGUGACUCUACCGAUGGGCGGGAUAGGCGAGUUCGUGGGCUGGGUGCUGCCUAUACCUAUCGACGAGAGAGACAUCAGGUGUGUCUUUUAUUUUAUAAUGGGAUGUCUUGUCUGUGUGUGGAUUGAUUUUGUUUAUGCAUAG